CCCGACUACAACUUCACCUUCCUAGUCUUUGUAUAAGUAUAAGAACAAUGCUCCUGCCAUCUAAAAUAAACAAUUACUUGGUAUUGAAUCAUCAAACUCUCAAUCAACAUAGCCUUUCUUCAUCCACAAAGAUAAGGCAUCCUAAAAUCAAUCGAUUAUCGCAGCUCCUCUUUAUUGACGUUGAUUCGCCCGGAUGAUUGAAUACCGUCAACACAAUACCGACGCAUAUACUUAAAGCAUAAUUUCAAUUCUCAUUAUCGCAUGUUGACGGUCUUACAACUCUCUCCAGCUUCACUUCGCCAUUAGGCCUAUUCACCUCCCAGUCAACCGACGUCUAUUCAAUAUUCCAACGUUGAAUUAUCGCAUCCUGGGAUUGAAGCAACAAUGGUCAAAUCACUUGUAGAUCUCUGCAGACAGGUGUGCAUUCAAAACAUCAAAGAUAUCUACGAUGUUGGCGACUUGCCUUAUUCAGCCCUCGCUCCGAUCCUCUUGAAGAUUAACGACUAUGAACAUUUGCUUCAACUAGAGCAGCAAUCGCCCCAGAUCCAAGGUGAUAAUGCUGAGUGUUGGAAACGUCUCAUUAGGCGCGACUUCCCCCAGCAAGUAAAAAAACACACCUUGGAGCCGAAAGAUCCCACUCGGUGGUGUAAGAUAUACCAAAAGUACAAGAUUUUAGAUGCAGAAGAGAAGAAAGCAGCUGUGGCGAAGUUAAACAAUGGCUUCAAGAACAUUUCGAAGGAGAAGCAGGCUAAGGCUGUCAAAGCCGUGACCUUCAACACGAGAGUUCACGGCCGUAUCCCAGGCCAGCGCAAAACCGGAUUGCCUGCUGGCCGACACGUAGUUGGUUCGGGUGGACUAACUUGGGGCGGUGGAUCGCGAACUAAGACGAGCUCUGCCCAUGGUAUCAUGCAGAAAGCCCGACGAGAAGCUGCUGAGAUUGCUCGCAGAAAACAAUUAUCCACACCCACUGGUCAGCUUCUGGUUCGCCAAGGACAGAUCACCCAAGCCCCGCGAGGUAUGGUUGAGGAGCACAGAAUUAAGUCUCUUCCUUCCGUUGCUAUGCGCAGAAGCCAGAUUCAAGCACCCAUGCGAGGCAACGGAGAACGCUGGGAGCGUCAACAACAGGAACGCGAGGCGCGACUGCUCAAGGCCAAGAGUGGUCCUGUUGCUAAAGGAGUCACCGUACUUUCAGACGAUGAUCUUCCUCAAGAUGACGAAGAGGAUUAUUCGGAUUCGGAGCAGGAAGAAGGCGGGUUGAAUGUCGAGGACCUUGAGAGCUUCUUUGAUGAAAAGAAGACUUCUACACCUACUCCCGCCCCCGUUAAGUCAUCUUCCGCGGCUAAGUCGAGCUCUACCUUGUCUGGUCUUGCGAAGAUGAAGAUGGGCCACGCUUGGAAAGAUAGACCUACCAGAAUCGAACGAGUUGUCGAGACUUCCAAGGCUUCUUCAUUGUCGGCGCCCAAGUCUUCUACCGCAACUUCUCCACCCCCGCGAUCUUCGACGUUUCCGGAUCAGCUUUCUCCCCCUCCCAAGCCUAAGCUACCUAUGGGAUUGAAGCGCAAGGCAGCUCCCAGCGUUUUCAUGCCACCAAAGCAGAAAGCUCGACGGAUGUCCUAGAAGACAGGGUGUGUAGUCCCUUACUUACAUAACUCGGAUUUCAAGUUACGACGACAAAGAUCGGGACGGACCAUAACCAUCAUCGAAACCAAUCCAUUUCUUUUAUGCCUCUCAUUCGAUGAGAGCAAUGUUUUAUAUGGCAGCAAGGCGUUCAGGGAGUACAACAUUUAAUGAUUAUCUGGUGGAGUUGCUGGAGUUAUCCCCGUAGUAGCAAGAGGAAUAUCUAUGGACGGAAACUAGCCUCUCGGUGGUGCUAACCUAUUGGCAGAGUGACAGUAAAGAUUAAUGAAACCAAUGGAUUAUGUCCUGCUGA